ACAAAAUAUAAUCUGCUUAUUCCUUUUCCUAGAAAAAAUUAUCUCUAGGACAAAGUUUUUAGAAAGUGGUAUAAAAUAUUUGAAGUCAAAGUUAUAGUUCCUUUUAAGUUAUCUAUUUUUGAAAAGUUCAUGUAGAUUCUGGUCAUUAUGUACUUUUACUGCCCCCGAAAGGGGAAAAGACGAAAUUAGUUGUGUGUGAUUUGUCUGUUCGUCCGUCCGUCCUUCGGAAGUGCCGUAGAUGAGAAGUAAGCGUUUGGAAGUCCCGUGUUCAAGUCCUGGUAAAGAUUGCGAAACGGUUGUCAAAAAAAUGGUCUUAUGAGAUAAUUUCUAUCAACAGAGCUUCAGCAGUAACGACAUCAGAACAAUAGAUAGUGUUAACUCUAGUAUCUUCCUCAGACAACAAAAAUGUCUGCAAGGAAUAUGUCAGAAAUAACUAUAGCACUAGUUGGUAAAACUGGUCAUGGGAAAUCCAGCACUGGAAACACCAUUUUACGACGAGAAGCGUUUGAAAGAGAUUCAAGUAUGGGAGACGGAACAGAGCUUUUAGAGUUAAAACGUGAUACAUUUGAUGGCUAUAAACUGAAAGUUUAUGAUCUCCCUGGAUUAGAAGCAGUUCAUCUUUCUCAAGAACAUAUAAUACGUCAAUUACAUUCUUUGAUGGAUUCCGCUAAAAGCAUUCACCUCUUUGUCUUCGUUUUUAAUUAUACAUGUCGUUUCAGCACCGAAGAAGCAAAAGCAUUUUAUGAGCUUCAGAAAGUUUUCGGCAAUGAGUUUCUUAGAAAGCACGGCAUGAUCGUGGUAACGCAUGGGGACAAUUGCAGUAAAAAUGCUUUAGAAUCGAGGUUGUCACCUGAACAAGCUUUUAGUCUCUGGUGUGAGCAUUCUGGAGAAAAUUUCAAAGGUUUAAUUAAAAUGGUUGAUGAUAGAAUGUUGCUUGUUUACAACUUUGGGACUUUUGAAAAUGACAAUGAUAGAAUGAUUUCGUCCAAACGGUUACAUGAAAUAGCCAUACAGAUGUUUCAAAAGGGAAAACCUUAUACAAAACAAGAGUUUGACAGAAUCAAUACCAAGAACAACAGCAAAGGCACAUGCACAAUUUUAUAAUUAGAUCAUACAGUCACACAAAAGCAAAAGAUUUAGAAUGUAAAAAGUAGAAACCACAACAAACAAACGUUUUUUUUUUCUGAUCUUAUCCUAGUUUUAUACCCUGUUGAUGUUCCAAUGUAUCCCGUGCAUGAUUCAAUAUAUCAUGUGCAUGUUUCACUAUAUCAUGUUCAUAUUUAAAUAGAUCCUGUUCAUGUUUCAAUGUACCCUGUCCGUGUAUACUGUCCAUGUUUCAUUGUAUUCUGUUCAUGUUUCAAUGUAUCCUGUCCGUGUAUACUGUCCAUGUUUCAAUGUAUUCUGUUCAUGUUUCAAUGUAUCCUGUUCAUGUUUCAAUGUAUUCUGUUCAUGUUUCAAUGUAUCCUGUCCGUGUAUACUCUCCAUGUUUCAAUGUAUUCUGUGCAUGUUUCAAUAUAUCCUGUUCAUGUUUCAUUAUAUUUUAUUUGUAUAAAGUGUGUGUAUAUGUGUGUGUUUCUGUUGUGACAGUAAGAAGAAAUCAACGAUGUGGAUGAUGUAAGAUAAAUGACACUGUCGUAAGCUGACAACUUCCAAAUGCAGGAGUGAAAAGAUUUGUUUUUUUUUCAAUGUGUUAGAAAUUGUAUUAAAAUAUUAUUAUAUAUAAUUUCUAAAAAAAAUUGAUUUGAUUUUCUCUAAUUGGCACAUCGGCACAGUAUUUUUUUCAAAAACUACUACAUUUAUUUCAUAUCAUCAGAAAAAAUGUCUGCAUCUAUAUUGUUAAAAAUGUUUUAGUGUUUUUUCAUAAAGACAUUUUUGAGUUAUUUUAAGUUUAAUAAUUUAAGAUAUAAUACGCCUACAACGGUUAAAGUGUCUACUUAAAGGAUAAGUACUAUGUAAUGUAUGAAGUUCUUGUGUGCCCUGGAUUAGAUUGCAGCUGGGACUGCGUAGCGACGUCAAUAUAAUACAGGUGAGAGAUAGAGAAGUCAAUACUCUUAAUUUAUGUGUUUUUUUUUUAAUUUAAAAAAGGAGUUUGAUCUUAUUAUUUACUUUUGUUUUGUAUUUAAAAAUUUGUUUUAUGUGAUAGGCUUUGAUCUUGUACUUAUUGAUUUCUGUCAGACUUCGACAGACUACUCCGUAGUCCGUAGAUGUCUAAGUUUCUUUUAUAGGUGUAUAAGAUGCGUUUAACUAAAAGCAUUAUAAAAUAAAUGCUGAAAAAGGUC